ACCAUCAUGUCCUUAUGAAAAUAAUUCUCCAAUCAACGGUCGACCGACGGAAAAUUCUCCGAAUCACUCUCCGAGCGAUCGGGGCAGCAUAAAAAGCUCUGCUUCAAGCGUUCUUAUUUUCGUUGACCCUGAAACGUCAAUUGUGCAGGAGCAAAUAAUUGGUGACAGAGCAAAAGUUCUAAUAAAAUGGGCAAAUGGAAAAGAAAACUUGAUAACUUUUGUUAUACCUGCAGAACCGUGUACUGUUCAGGAUCUUCUUAAUGAGGCACAAAUCUCAUCGCUUCAAAAUCCUUGUGUGAUGUUACAAACAGAUCAUACAAUUGCACAUUAUGUCGUUAAUGUAGGAUAUGAUUCGCAUUAUGCUAAAGACAACGUUUUUACAAUGGAUACAAUAGAUGACAAUGAAACGAUCACAAUCUAUCCCCCACUGCCAGCCGCCGGCGGAUUCCAAAUAAAGAGAUGUCAUUUAAAUUGUUUAGAAGAAGGAAAAUAUCUAAAUGAUAUUAUACUAGAUUUCUAUCUAACGUACUUUUUGUGCGAAAUGAUAUCCUCUUCAGACAGAAACAGAACUCAUUUAUUUAGUUCUUUCUUUUUUAAAAAAAUUGCAAGUGCACAGAAUAAGAAUAAUAUUCCAACAAAAAAAAUAUAUGAAAGUGUACAAAAGUGGACGAAGAACGUAAAUCUUUUUGAGAAAGAUUUUAUUAUCGUUCCGAUCAACGAAAGGCAAAUAUUCAUUACUAUACAUCAUUACUAA